GUUAGCUCCUAGGAACCACAUUAGCUACCUUUUUCUUUAUAUUUAGAACACCCUUCUCUUCUCUUCUCUGUCUCACACACAUUAAGCGAUCGAAGAAAUUAAGAAACCACAACUGCAUUCAUGGCCACCCAACAUGAAAAUUAUCAAACAGUUUCUGUCACAAAGACAGUUUCUGCGUCUCCAAAAGUUCUCUUGCACCCCAAGAAAAUUCUGAGCCUUUCAAACUUGGACAGGCAGUGUCCAUCUCUUAUGUACUUGGUCUUCUUUUACAAUCCAUCUCCUGCUUACAAAAACCUGUCGCUUAAUUUGGUCUUCAGUAGCUUGAAAGCUGGCUUGGAGGAGACCCUGUUAGCUUGGUACCCGGCAGCCGGCAGGCUGUGCCCUAACCAAGGCGAUGGAAAGCUUGACCUCUGGUGCAACAAUGAUGGUGCAGUUUUAGUUGAGGCAGUGACACAUGUCAAGAUCUCAGAGCUUGGGGACCUCUCUCAGUACAAUAAGUUCUUUGAGAAAUUGGUCUACAAGCCUGUUUUUGAUGGAAACUUCUCCAAGAUGCCUCUAGUCGUUGCUCAGGUCACCAAGUUUGGCUGUGGAGGCUAUUCAGUAGGGAUAGGUGUGAGCCACUCGUUGUUUGAUGGACCGGCCUCCUAUGAUUUCCUGUGCGCAUGGGCUUCUAAUUCUGCAAUCAUGAAAGCAAAGGGAUCAGGGCUUGAGCAGCAAAAACCAGUGCAUGAGAGAGGGAAACUGCUCGUGGGUAAUUCUCAUCAGACGCGGUGUCAGGCCCCAAAUAUUCUGACCACAAAAGUAUCCAAAAGCUCAAACUCAGCCACGAGGGCUGCAGCCAUAGAUCAUCUAUAUCAGUUGAUAAUGCAAGCGGCUGCUGAUCAGAAUCUUUCUGACAGUCAAAAGAGUUACCUUAUUAGGACCUUUCACCUGAGCAGUGCAAUGAUAGAAAGCUUGAAGAGGAAAGUCUCCCGUAGCUUUUCGUGCUCAUCCUUUGAGGUGGUUGCGGCUCACCUGUGGAAGACAAGGACCAGGGCUUUAGGGCUGAGGAAGGAAACUAUGGUGUGCCUGCAAUUUGCAGUGGACACAAGGAACAAGAUGGUGCCGCCACUGCCAAAAGGUUUCAGUGGUAAUGCUUAUGUACUUGCCUCUGUUGCUUUGACAGCAGGAGCAUUGGAGGAAGAAAGCCAUGAAGGCAUAGUUGAGAAGAUAAGGGAAGCCAAGAACUCUGUAAGCAACGACUAUGUGAAUGCAUAUGUUGAGGCACUUGAAGGGCCACAGCAGGCUGCUACUCUCCCGCCUCUGAAGGAGCUAACCCUAAUUUCUGACUGGACCCGGAUGCCAUUUCACAAGAUCUCAUUCUUGCAUGGAGAAGCAGCUUAUGCAUUUCCACUGGCUCCUCCUGUCCCACAUGUUGCCUACUUUAUGCAGAACCCUGCUGAUAACCAGGGCAUUGAUGUGUGGAUUGGGUUGCUUCCACAGGCCCUCAGUUCCUUCUCUCACUACUUCCUAAAUGGUGUGCAAUAAGACCAACUUUAAUCUCCCUCUCCCCUUUUUUUUUUUUUUUUUAUCCUUUCUAACUUGUUUUUGUUGGGGGUGAAGUUUAGUUACAUGGUCUGCCAGAAGGCUACUAGAUAAGUGACUAUAUAAAGUUAUAAACUAUGAUUGUGAGUUGUCACUACUUACUAUCUCAAACAUAAUGAAAGGAAAAUGCUUGAAGUUCUA